ACACAGUAAAAAUCAUUUCCACAAAAAAUUGUAAUUUCAAAUUCCGUCUAGUUUAGAAAUUGAAAUUGAAAUUGUUUCCUUGAGAAGAAUUCUUUGAGCUAGCAGGUCAGGCACCAGGCACCGCCCAGCCCCACCAAACAUGGCCUGUCAUUGCAAGUAUCUGAAGAAGAUCUUCUCCAGCUGCUGCUUCUGCUAUUCGCUGCGCAUCGGGACACUGCUCUUUGGCUGCAUCUUCCUCACGUGGUUCGUUUACAUUGUGGCCGGCACCGCCUUCAUGAUGGAGUGCGUCUUCCCCAAUGAGUACCAGGAGAAGGGAACCGUCGCACCGGCAGCCCUCAAGACAACGAUGGUCUUUUCAUUCUUUGGCAUUGUUGCAUCCGCCUUGCUCUGCAUCGGAGUGCAUAAUAACAACGAAAUGCUCUUUACACCCUUUCUGAUCUUCACACCAAUCUGGAUAGUGGUCCACAUCUUGGUGCUGCUCAUGUACAGCCUCGUUCUGGUCAUAGUUCUACUGACAAUUGUCACCUCGGGUUUAUUGAUCUACGCUUGGCUGGUCAUUUUCUCCUACUACGUUGAACUGAUCUACGCCUACGAUGAGGAGCUGCAUCCAGGCUUUGUCUAGCUGGCUGGCAAACGGAAUACCUACACACUCACAUAAACAUUAAUGUUGGCUUUAUUUAUGUUUCGUUAACAUUGCUUUUCAAUAAAUUAUUCUAAAUUGUUGUAUGAGAAA